UUCAACCCCCGUCUCCUGCCCUCAAUGGCAAAAAAAAAAAAAAGAAAAAGCUUUUCCUCUGUAUGUGAGUGUGACCAAGCCGAUCCGCCAAUGAGACUAUAAUCCCGAGAGGCAACAAACAGGAGUGGAUGAGUGUUUCCAACGCUGGAGGAGACUUUUCUGCGCCGCCUCGGGAUCCUGAGCGAGUCUGACAGCUGGAACCUCUCUGUUCAAGUGUCUGGUUGACAUUCAAAUAUCAGAAAGCUGCAUGUGUGAAACCCCAGUAACCGGCAAUGGAGCCCUGGCCUGCAGUGGCCUGGGUCCUACUGCUGACCAUCAUUGUGGAUCUUCUGAAAAGCGCCCACGCCAGAGACUUCACUGAAAAAGAUAUCAUAUUCCUUCACCCCUCAAGUACUCCAUUUCCUGGUGGAUUCAAGUGUUUCACAUGUGAAGAUGCAAAAGACAAUUUUGAGUGCAAUCGUUGGGCACCAGACAUGUACUGCCCACGUGAAGCCAAAUACUGCUACACCCGCCACACAAUAGAUGUGGAGGGAGACAGUGUGUCAGUGACCAAACGUUGUGUGGCUCUGGAGGACUGUCUUUCCACAGGAUGCACUGAAAUGAAUCAUGAAGGAAAAAAGGUGUGCACAGCUUGUUGUGAGGGAAACAUCUGUAACUUACCAGUACCAUGGAACGAAACAGAUGCCAUCUUUACCAUCACCUCACCUCUGAGCAGCGCUGUGGGACUGUCACAAAGCCACACAGUGACUUUUUCACUCAUCAUUACUUCCUUAAUUGUUUCAAGUGGUGUUUGAAAAAAGAAGACACAUGAAGUCAGGUUUAAUGAAAGGAGAAAGGAACCUGUCGGUGAACCACAGGACUUGUGGUUGGAUGAUGUGCUGACAUAAGACAGUUUGGACAGUUUCUGUUCCUAUGAGAUUCAGAUAUUCUUCACUUUAACUAAGUACAUUAUAACAUACCUUAUAUAUAUGAUACAUUCUCAAAAGAAAAGUAGCUACCACAGCACAAUGAAUUAACUUUGAAAACAUGGCAUUAUCUCUGACUGUAUAAUGUCAUAUCACUCUGUUCAGUCCAUCUAAAGCAUGAAUCCAAGUCUAAAUUUUACAGAAAAUAAAUAAAUGAAUAAAGUUAACCAAAAACUAAUUUGGUUUUACAUGCAUAGAGAAUUGGCAGCAGCAGUAGUUAUCAUGUAAAGAUUAAUGGUCUUGUUCUGAGUUUUGUUUAAUUUUAUACAUUAUGUUGCUAUACAGUAGGCUAACCAGCAGGGCAACAGUUGUAAACACUGAUGUGCCCACUGUCACAUAAAAGUACUUACCUCACUGAAUAAAAUAUACAGUCUACCUAGUAGGAAAAUAUAGUUCUAACCUCACUAAUCAACCCUCCAAGUACUUGAGAUCAUCUUGUUUUGUAUUGCAUCUUCCUCCAUACACUCUCUUCAUAUAGAGCCAAAGUUUUAAUGGGCUGGACUUAAAGGGCUGGAAGUAUCUCAUCAGGCAACAGCACAGCAGCAGGCAGCUGUUCUAGCAAAAAAAAAAAAAAACAAACAAACAAACAAACAAACAAAAACUGUUUCUCCAAAACUUCAGUAGGACGAUCAUGUUGCUCUGUGUUUGCUGAAUGUGGAAGUUUAAGACAAUUCUAUAAUAAUAUAUGAAGGCUGUAUGUCCCUCAGCUUCUUUUGCAUUUUUUAUGCCCCUUACAGGCCAAAAACAUCAGUAAUGCAUUGAGACCGGUAACAGAGGAGGUGAAGGACACUUGCCCUUGCAAGUAAAGUGACUGGGUCUUGUUUAAAUACUUAGGAUUUGAUGUUGCAUGAGUGAGUCAGUAAUCCAUGUUGUCAUUGAAUGCAUGUACAUAUAUAUAUAUAAAGUAUUUAUUUUUAUAUCAGUUGUUGUUGUGAUAAAAGUGAGUGUGUGAAUUAUUAGCUGUAGGUGACAGAGUUUGAGGUGAAACCUUGUGCUUCAUGAUGAAGAAUUGCUUUGGUCAAGUAAACAUCCAACAGUCAGCAUCUGCUAUCAUGUGUUAACAUAGAACACAAACAUGGAAAACACUGCCAAAAGAUUAAAGAGUUGUUCAGAAUUUAGGUGUUACAUAUUUUACACACCAGACAACCAGAAUAUCCUUUAGUUUACUCGUUUUUGUUAUUUCAAUCAGGCUGACAAUAUCUGCUAUAAAACAUUUGCAGUUUGUAUCCACCUUUAUUUACUGUAACUGUGACAAGCUAUACAGUAUACACAGAUGUCAUAGUUUAAUGUCCAUAUUCCAAUGUGCACAGACCGCUAAGGCCCUUUCUGCAUGAUGAUCUGCAGAGUCACCUUGUGUUGACAUGACACAUUAUUUUUCAAAGCAACAAACCUGGUGGCAGCACUGCUUACACGGUCAGAGUUAAGUUUUAACUCUGACCCUGUUUGUAAGUAAUCUUUAAAGGGUAAAUUGAAAUGAGAAGGCUGUUUUGUUAAUACCAGAAAUAACUGAAUAACAAUGUUCAUUAAAAUGAUCUAAAUACUCUAAAUAUCCUAUGGCUCAUUCCCCGUCAAAUCAGAAAAAGUUGUUGUGGGACAGUCUCAGAUUGUGUUCAGAUCUUCUCUAUCAUGGCUCCCAAAACAAAGGCCUGCACAAAAUAUUUUUGUUCAAAUCCCCACAUUUUCAUAUUUUUUCAGCCCUUGAUAUUAUAUCAUUUCUAUCACUUCAUAAAAACCUUAUGAGGGAAGCCAUUUUUAAGUAUUAAUAUCUUUUAAAGUAUUACUGUAAUUAUGAUGAGAAACUUUCUCAAAUUUCUGACUUAGGCUCCUAAAACAAUGAGACACUUUCUCAAAAUGAUGACACAAAAAUAACAAGACACUAAGUUACCAUUGAGAAAGUAUCUAAUUAUUUUGUGAUACCAACUCAUUACUUUGGUUGUGCUCAAGUAUGAAUUAAAAAAAUAUCAAGGGCUAAUAAUACAUGAAAACACUGGAAUUGCACAGAAAUAUUUUACAGGCCUUAGUUCCACAACCAAACAUUAUAUAGACAAACUUCAAAUAAAUUCUGAGACAGUGCUGCAGCCACUGAAUUCUGUCUGAUUUGACACAGGAUGAUAGAGACCCUGAGGGGAUAUUGCUCCAGAUGAAGGUGUAAUCUCAGCCUCUUACUUUGACAGCACUAAUGUGAAUAUUUAGGCCAAUCUUUCUGUUUUUUACUCUCUUUGCCCUGUCACUUGUUGUUUAGAAAUUUUAAUAAGUGUUUUUAUACAAAGGCUCUGACUUAGGGGCCCCCUAACCAUCUGAUUCCUAUUCAUAUGGUUGUAAUUCCAGAAAUUCUGCAAAGCCACAAAACACCAAUUCCUUUGAAAGUCAGUUGGCCUUUAAAGCUCAAUUUGAUAACUUUGAGUAACGGCGAGUCCCUGUUCGCCUUAUCUUAAAGCCAGACUAUGUAAAUGCUGAGAGAAGGUAGACGUCAGUCUUCCUGAAAAGCAAGCAGAAGCUUUAUGGUCUGGUAUGACCAUGGUUUAUGAUAAUUUUACAUUGCUGAGUCAGUGUUUUCUAAGGAGAAGCUUCCAUUACAUGUUUGAAGACUAAGGCUGUUAAAGUGCGGCAAGUGCUUCUUUAUGACUGAAGGCAGAUGUGAUUCAUAUGUUUUGCUGUGAAGCUAAUGUUAAUCAUUAACACCAAUCUGCUGUACAUCUUUAACUCAGAAAAUCACAGCAGAGCCCUGAAUGCCUUCUUCGUUGGAUCACCGCUGACAUGUCUCAUCCAUCACUCAGCGACAUGCCAGUGACAAAAUACUGUGUGUGCAUGUACAGUGUUAUUGUGCUGGAGGCUUUAGAGCCCCAACUCUGUCUUUUUCUUACUUUCUUUUUUUUUCAAAGCAGGAUUCCUUAGGAAAACAGCUCACCAUUCUCAUCCAAAAAUGUCCUGUUUAUUCUGACAACACUUGUAGAUGACUCUGAGAGAACAGCUCAAGAGGUGUUUAACUUUGUUGUAUCAGGCAAUAUUGUUGAGGCUUUUGUUUUAAUUCAAAGCCAAAAUCUGUUUCACAAGUUGCCUUCACUGACCUCUGGCAAACUUUUGUACAAAUGAUGUGAAGCUAGCACUAGUGCAUAAAUGUACUCUGAGUGAAACUCAAAUUUUUGCAUGCCAGUUUUGUGCCAACAUCUGUUACAUGUGUUAUUAAUAUGUGCCACUUUUAUGUAAAUAUACAUUUAUAUAUGUAUGUAUAAAUAUGAAACCUUAACUUUUUCAUGUUACAGAUGAUUUUUCAAUGUAAACGUCAACUAAAAACCAUUCACUACAUGAAAAAGUCACCAGCAGUUCAUGUUGUGUCUUUGUACUUGUCUGCCAUAGUCAGUGAUUUUCCACUGACACUACAGCCUGAGCAUGGAGCCAAUAAAGCUGCCAGUUUAUUGUGA